AUGUGGAAUGAAUGGUGUGAUGCUCAAAGAACCACUAACACUACACAACUUAAUGAACAGGAACAACAGUUGCAUCGAUGGCUACCGCCGAGACAAGGUUGGCUAAAAUGUAAUGUCGAUGCCGGUUUUCACAACGAUGGAAGCAUUACAAGCGGAGGGUGGUGCAUUCGAGAUGAUGUGGGACAGUUCAUACAUGCAGGAUCUUAUUGGUUAAAUGGAAAAUAUUCAAUACUGGAAGCAGAGGCAUUGGCUAUCUUAGAGGCUAUGAAAGUAGUUUGCAAUAUGAACUUGGAGCAUGUCACGUUUGAGAGUGAUUCACAAAGUGUGGUUGCAGCAAUACAGGCCAAUCAUGUUGGUGUUUCAAACUUUAGUUUACUCAUUGCUAGUAUUAAGAGUUUGUUGAUUUUAAAGUACACCUUUUGA